GCCCAGCCUCCCUGCCGACGCCAACCAACGUCUGAGCCUUCCGUGGAGUCAGAACUGAACCAGAGCCGCGUCCGGCGACCGCACGCAGAACCUCCUCUCCUUCCCAGCCUCCCAGAGCAUCUUCAAGUGGCACUCGCGUCCCCCUCUCUCGGCUGGCACUGCGCGGAGUCACCGCCCAGGGAUGCCCGUGCGAGUGCCGCGCGAGAGCCACGAGGUGCCGACCCGCGCUCCGGGACUCCGCCGGGGGUGUCUGUCCGGGCGAGCCUUCGGCGCCAGGCAGUAACCGAAGGGCUGUGAUGCGCCCCGCCCCCGCACCCCUCCGUUCCCGCCCCCGGAGCGCAAGGCACCGCGCCUAGCAAAUCUGGCGACAGAGUGAGUGGAAAUGCGACCAGUUCAUUAAUAGAGCAUUACCGUCAUGGUGUAAUGCUGAUAUUAUGCAAGUUCGACCAGCAUCAUUUCCUAAUUAGCUCUGAUAUCCGAAUCAACGACAGUAAGAUAAAUCAGCAUACCAUGUGACUUGCCUCAGAUCUUUUGAAAAGCGAAAGGAAGCGUCUUUCCAUUCCGUGCGCACUGCGAUGAUCUUGAUGUGACGUGCAGUUCUUCCCUGAAAGCCUUACCAAGGAAAACAAUAUACGUAGCCACCAGUGUAUCUAACGAGCGAGAUUUCGCCCACCCCGGGAAGGACACUUCUCCCCAACCCCAGCCUUGCCACGUGACGGCGUUGCACGUGGCGGAAACACAGGGCACCGCCCCGGCCGCGCGCCAGCUUGGAUGCCCCUCCAUAUCCGCCGCUACAAACCUGGCCUUCGGCGGGAGGGUCGGUGAUCCCGGCCGCCUUUUUCUCUUACUUCGUCUCUGAAAUCCGUAACCACGUCUCGAUUACCGAACUACCACCGCCGGGCGCCAUGUCGCCUACGAGCCGGCGGCCGAGACCGCCCAUCUGCAGGAGGUGAUCACGCCCGCAGAGAAGAUGAGCCGCAAGCCCAGCAAGCGGUGCUCGGCGACCAAGUUCGUCUACAUCACCCCGCCCGCGCCACAGCACUGUACUCAGGUGCUGGCGACGCUGGUGGUGUCGCUUGGUCCGCUGUGCGCUGGGCUGGGCAAGGGCUACUCCUCGCCCGCCCUGGCCUCCAUGGCCACCCUCUCCGCCCAGGGCCACCACUUCUCGGUCAGCAAGGACCAGGGCUCCUGGAUCGCCUCCCUGUCCCUCCUCGGCGCCUUCUUCGGGGCGGUCCCUGGCGGAAUGGCCAUCCGCUUCGGUAGGAAGAGGGUGCUGUGCGCCGUCGCCAUCCCGUUCGCGCUGUCGUGGCUGCUGACGGUGAUCGCGUGGAACGUGAGCAUGCUGUACGUGGCGGCGCUGAUGGGCGGCGUGUGCUCGGCCGUGAUCGCCGUCGUCACGCCCGUCUACAUCAGCGAGAUCGCGCACCCCGAGAUCCGGGGCUGCCUGUGUGCCUUAGCCAAGCUGAGCAGCAACAUCGGCAUGCUGCUCGCGUAUCUCCUGGGCGCCUUCCUCAACUGGCGGGAGCUGGCCACGGUGACGGCGGUGGCGCCCGUCUGCCUGUUCCUGGCGGCGCUGUUCAUCCCCGAGACGCCCAGCUUCCUCCUGUACCGCGGGAGGGACACGGAGGCGGCCGACGCCCUGCGCUGGCUGCGCGGCUCCGAGGCGGACGUCGCGCGCGAGCUCACCAACAUGAAGGCCAACAUCGCCACCCUGCGGCGCGAGACCGACCCGUGCCCGCAGCGCGCCGCCCCGCGGGACCUGCUCCGUCCGCUCUUCAUCACCUGCGGCCUCAUGGUCUUCCAGAAGUUCAGCGGCGCCAACGCCUUCAACUUCUAUGCAGUGCCCAUCCUGGACGAGACCUUCGUGGGGCUGAACCCGUACCGCGCCGCCGUCGUGGUCGCCUUCGUGCAGAUCUGCGCCGGCAUGGCGUCCUCGGCGCUGGUGGACACCGUGGGGCGCCGUCCGCUCCUCGUGUUCAGCAACAUGCUCAUGUCGGCCGCGCUGGCAGCCUACGGCGGCUACGUGUACCUGAAGGGGCUGGACCAGGACGAGGACAUCCUGGCGCGCCAGCAGUGGCGGGAGUCGGACUGGGUCCCUCUCUUCUGCAUCCUCGUCAUCGAAAUCGCCUUCGCCCUCGGGGUCUCGCCCAUCAGCUGGCUGUACAUCGGCGAGCUCUUCCCCUUGAAGCACCGAGGCGUCGGGUCCGUGGCGGCCUCCGUCAGCUACGCCUGCUCCUUCGUCAGCGUCAAGACGUUUGUCGACCUCGAGCACAUGCUGGGCCUGUACGGCGCCUUCUGGUUGUACUCGAGCAUCGCGGCGAUCGCCCUCAUCUUCACUCUCAUCUUCGUGCCUGAGACGAAGGGCAAGAGCCUGCAGGAGAUGCAGACGGUCGAGCAAACAAAGGAGACGCUCAUAUAGCAGACAGCCCGCCCACUAGCCCCGCUGCGCCCGCCCACCGUCCACUGGGAGAUGCCGCCUGGACAGCGGCCCUACAGAGAGAUCCUGCUGUAGGUCCUGCCGCAGGAUCCCAGCGCCCCGGAUCCGCGGCGCCGCCCCCGUCUUCCCGUUUCUGGUGGCGUCCCACCCUCCACGCGGCGCCGCGGCGGCCGGGACCCCGUGGCCGCAGCCGGGCUAGAGGGCGUCCGAGCCCACUUGUGAUACUGACGCUGCGUCCUCCUCCUCAGCCGCAGGAACCGCACUUCGCACCGCCGACGCGGCUCAGAGUCGCGUGUGCGGACACCAAGGACACUUUUAAUCUUUAGGAUACAUUCAGCAGUGACUUAAUAUACUUCAUUAUUAACACGAUAGAUUCAAAGCUCUUCUUUCACCAUAUAUUUUUCAUCGUCAUUUCUCUUUUGAAAAAGCCGCUUGGAAACAUUGUUCACUUCUUAAAUAUUUCUGUGAUUUGUAGCGAACAACUGCAUGCUUCCUACCACCUUAAGGAGAGGUACGCUCCACACGAACAGUGUACCUUCGAAGAAGAAUUAAUAUUUAAGUGAUAACGAGCCUUAUAUAUAGAUAGUAUCUUGAUCAGGGUUAAUCGAAUUUAUCUGUUUUAUCUUCGACAAAUAUCUUAUUUUUAAGUUCCAGUGACGCGUCUCGCUGGAUCUAGUGAUUAAAGAGUCCUCGGGGGCAUAGGCCUAUCGUUACAAAUGUUGCAAGGACGCUGUGACAAUUCGCAUUGCACUCGUACGCCAACUGUCUCGUUUCGAUGAAAAUGCUGAAAGUGAUUAGAGUCUCAAGGUGACGCUUUUCAUUUCAUUUCACUUCUUAAGGAAUGACAGCAAGCGUGCGUUCGUGUCAGAAAAAAGCAGGUACAAGAAGCCAUUUUCUUUUCUUUUUGACGUGUAGUCCGAAAGGUCAAAUCUAGGAUCAGGUACUUCGACUAAAUAUCCCGUUCAAAUACUUACAUAAGUAGAAUCAGGCAGCUAGACUCUUCAUCACAGACAAAGUGUUCAAUAAUGAAUUUAUGUUCUCAAUGUCGACUGAUUUAACAUGCGUUCAACAGAAAUUUUAAAAUUAUUGAAUCUUAAUCCCUCGAUGAAAUAUAUAUAUAUACUUCAAAUUAGACGCACUCAAUAAAAUAUUUGAUACAUUUGUAUUAGUUUCAAAUAUUGCUUAAUAUCUAUAUAAAAAAAAAACGAGCCCAAUUUUGGUUUGGAAUUAAAGCAAACAAAUGGGUAAAACUAGAUUAUCUUCUAGAACCAGAAAUAUUCACAGAUUAAUUGAUAAGAACAAAUCAAACGCUCCAUAAGAUUAAAUCCGGCCCCGAAGUUUGUGUCUAUUGAGAGCUUAUAUAAAAGAGCACAAUUUAGCUUUUUUAGUACAUCGUGUGUUUUCAAGAAUUGCGAACCCCACCCCACCCCCCACCCCCCAGCCCGAAGUUCUUU